GGAUUGCAGUGCGCGCGGCCGCGGCGGCUGGUGUGGGGUUGAGUCAGUUGCGAUCCCGGAGCUGCUGACCCGUCCGGCGGCCGGCCCAGCAGCGCCAGGGCGGCAGGCAGAGGCAAACCCGAAGCCGGAGCCGGCCCAGCGUAGAGCGCGUCCGAGCCGGUGCCGUCCCCGCCCCCGCCGGCAAACCGCCGUCGCCGCCGCGGGCGCGCCCCCGCUCUGCGCUGUCUCCGAUGGCGUCCGCCUCCGGGACCAUGGCGAAGCACGAGCAGAUCCUGGUCCUCGACCCGCCUACCGACCUCAAAUUCAAAGGCCCCUUCACAGAUGUAGUCACUACAAAUCUUAAGUUGCGAAAUCCAUCCGAUAGAAAAGUAUGUUUCAAAGUGAAGACUACAGCACCUCGUCGGUACUGUGUGAGGCCCAACAGCGGAAUUAUUGAUCCAGGCUCGACUGUGACUGUUUCAGUAAUGCUGCAGCCUUUUGACUAUGAUCCAAAUGAGAAGAGUAAACACAAAUUCAUGGUACAGACAAUUUUUGCUCCACCAAACACUUCAGAUAUGGAAGCUGUGUGGAAAGAGGCAAAACCUGAUGAAUUAAUGGAUUCUAAAUUGAGAUGUGUAUUUGAAAUGCCCAAUGAAAAUGAUAAGUUGGGUCUAACUUCACCAGGGACUGCCACGGCUGUCACCUCCCUGAGCAGCAUCAACAACAAAGUUGCAGCAUCUGCCAGUUUUAACAUGAAGAAUGACCCCAGGGGACUCAAUGUGUUCAAACAGGAGAAGCAGAAGCUUUUUCCCAAUAUCUUUGCAAUACAGAAUGAUAUGGAACCUAGCAAAGCUGUUCCACUGAAUGCAUCUAAACAAGAUGGACCCAUGCCAAAACCACAUAGUGUUUCACUCAAUGAUACUGAAACGAGAAAACUAAUGGAAGAGUGUAAAAGACUGCAGGGAGAAAUGAUGAAACUAUCAGAAGAAAAUCGACACCUGAGAGAUGAAGGCUUAAGGCUCAGAAAGGUAGCACAUUCGGAUAAACCUGGAUCAACCUCAACUGCAUCCUUCAGAGAUAAUGUCACCAGUCCUCUUCCUUCACUUCUCGUUGUAAUUGCAGCCAUUUUCAUUGGAUUCUUUCUAGGGAAAUUCAUCUUGUAGAGUGAAGCAUGCAGAGUGCUAUUUCUUUUUUUUUUUUUUUUUUUUUUUUUCCCUCUUGACCAGAAAAAGAUUUGUUUACCUACCAUUUCAUUGGUAGAAUGGCCCACAGUGACCAUUUUUUUUGUGUGUACAGCAUCAUAUAGGCUUUGCCUUUAAUGAUCUCUUACUGUUAGAAAACACAAUAAAACAAACUGUUCGGCUACUGGGCAGAUUGUUUAUUCCCAGAUCACCAAUAGCAGAUGUCAGUUGCACAUUCAGUCCUUUAUGAAAUUCAUAAAUAAAAAAAUUGUUCUUUCUUUGUGGUUUUAAUAAGAGUUCAAGAAUUGUUCAGAGUCUUGUAAAUGUUAUUUUAAUAAUCCCUUUAAAUUUUGUCUGUUGCUGUUACCUCUUGAAAUAUGAUUUAUUUAGAUUGCUAAUCCCACUCAUUCAGGAAAUGCCAAGAGGUAUUCUGUGGGGAAAUGGUGCCUCUUACAUUGUAAAUUUUCUCCUUUACCUUUGCUAAUAUCAUGGCAGAAUUUUUCUUAUCCCCUGUGAGGCAAAUGUUGACUGAGUUUUUCAUCCUUACAAUCCUGUCCCAUGGUAUUUAACAUUAAAAAAAAAAUAAAACUGUUAACAGAUUCUUGCUCGAUAA